AUGUCACAACCACCUUCUUUAGGGUCAGUGCUACUAGAGCACACGCGCCUCUCAGCAUCACAGUCGCGGUUGGACGAGCUGCGUGCGUCAGUGGCGUCAGCCCUUGCCCUGCUGGAGGGCGACGAGGAUGCUGACGUGGCAUGGACCGCUCUGGCUAGAGUGCCGUCUCCCCACGGGGAUGGGCGUGGAGAUGCCAUGGGCUC